AUGGCUCAUGUUCGAGGCAUUCACGAGUGUAUGUUCAAUAACCAUGAGUAUUGCCAGAGUGCCCUGUGGACGGAGCGACAGGAGACAUCUCCGUGCGCAGCGGCGCUCGACCGGAAGUUGUUCUCCAUCAGCAACCAGUGCUCGGUGGUCCUCGAGUCUCCCGGCACCCUUGCCAAUUUAACCGGAAAUAAGUGCACCAUGUUUGAAGUGUUUUACCAGUGCAGCUAUAACUAUAUACCAUCAAGUUUGCGGUAUACUGAGUGUGAAAGUCAACACACGGAAUUACGUAAAGUAGCGUACAAUAACGUCGCGAACGUGGCGAGCAACGUCAACAACGUUCCCUUACUGUCAGACUUCACAGACUGCGUGGAUCGGCCGGUGAUGACUCCUGGUGACGUUUGUAACAGCCCCGAUAAGCUGCUGGCUAUCGUGGACACGCGCUGCUACCGGAAGUUCCGUCUCCUUACUGAUUCCAACGUCUGUCAAAUUCUCAGUGAGUUUGUAUACGAGUGCAGUCCGUUAGUUCUCGGCCAGCUAGGAAUUACAUGCGCAGACGACAGUGUUAUGCACGCACUGACAACGCUCUCUGACGUCAUCAAACAAGCAUACUACUUGGAUGUUGGAAAGUUGCAAGCAGAGAACGAAGGGAAAUCCCUGUUGACGGAGCGACAGGAGACAUCUCCGUGCGCAGCGGCGCUCGACCGGAAGUUGUUCUCUAUCAGCAACCAGUGCUCGGUGGUCCUCGAGUCUCCCGGCACCCUUGCCAAUUUAACCGGAAAUAAGUGCACCAUGUUUGAAGUGUUUUACCAGUGCAGCUAUAACUAUAUACCAUCAAGUUUGCGGUAUACUGAGUGUGAACGUCAACACACGGAAUUACGUAAAGUAGCGUACAAUAACGUCGCGAACGUGGCGAGCAACGUCAACAACGUCCCCUUACUGUCAGACUUCACAGACUGCGUGGAUCGGCCGGUGGUGACUCCUGGUGACGUUUGUAACAGCCCCGAUAAGCUGCUGGCUAUCGUGGACACGCGCUGCUACCGGAAGUUCCGUCUCCUUACUGAUUCCAACGUCUGUCAAAUUCUCAGUGAGUUUGUAUACGAGUGCAGUCCGUUGGUUCUCGGCCAGCUAGGAAUUACAUGCGCAGACGACAGUGUUAUGCACGCACUGACAACGCUCUCUGACGUCAUCAAACAAGCAUACUACUUGGAUGUUGGAAAGUUGCAAGCAGAGAACGAAGGGAAAUGUAUAGAUAAAUCACAAUUGCAGCAGGCAGGAACGUUGUGAACGGAUGACAUACUGUGACUUGCUAGAAGCAUGAAGCAUUUACAUUUGCUCAAAAAUAGUGCCCAUCUUCUCCAUGUAUCGACGUGUUCAUAUUAUAAUUACAUUCGAACCCCGUUGGCUCGAACUCCCAGGGAUCGGCGAUAAUACCUCGAGCCUCGGAAAAAUCGAGCCAAGCGGGAAUGCUUACAUUUAGUAUAAAGAAAUCGGUCCUUUACAUAAAGUUCGAGCCAACAAGGAAUUCGAGCCAAGCGAGUUCGAGCCAACGGUGUUCGACUGUAUUGAGAUGUACCUCUGUGACACUGUUGGAAGUGUAUCAGCAUAAGACCAUAUCAAUGUUAUUUAUCCUUGUCGCUAUGUCUAAUAU